AUAAUAACACCAACACUACACUAUCAUCACAAGUUGUUCAACACCAUAAUUUCUCUAAUGGAGUCUGUUCUUGAGCAUUUCUCAGCUCUCUUUGAGUUUCAAUGGCUUCAAGAAUGGGCACCCAUUAUUCUACUCCUAACCCUAAUUUAUUUCUUGCUGUUUUUUGUGCUUAAAACCUACUUUUCAAAGCCUGUACCCGUUUAUCUUGUAGAUUUUGCAUGUUUUAAACCACCCAACUUCUGCAAAGUACCGUUCUCUAAAUUUCUUGAACAUUCGUCAAUGAUUGAGUUUUUUGAUAGUGAAAGUGUAGCUUUCAUGGCCAAAAUCCUCACUACUUCUGGUCAAAGUCAAGAGACUUAUCUUCCUCCAGCUUUACACCACAUUCCUCCGAAAACCAGUCAACUAGAGGCCAUUAAAGAAGUAGAAAUGGUACUGUUUCCUAUAGUAGAAGAUCUUCUCUCUAAAACUAAUCUCUCUCCUAAAAAAAUCGACAUAUUAAUAGUAAACUGCAGCGGUUUUUGCCCUUCACCUUCUUUAUCUUCCAUUAUUAUCAACAAAUUCUCCAUGAGAGGUGACAUCAAAAGCUAUAACCUGUCUGGUAUGGGGUGCAGUGCAGGAGCUAUAAGCAUCGACUUAGCCAACACACUUCUUCAAAUCCACACCAAUUCCUACGCACUUGUUCUCAGCACUGAAAUCUUAUCAACCGGUUGGUAUUCCGGCCAUGAAAAAUCUAAAUUACUCCUUAACUGCCUCUUCCGAAUGGGCAGUGCAGCCAUUUUACUCACAAACAAAACAGAAUCCCAAAGAACAUCAAAAUAUAAGCUUUUCUGCAGCGUCAGAACCCAACGAGCCCAUGAAGACAAAGCAUAUUACUCAGCAAUUCGUGAAGAAGAUUCCGACGGAAACCUCGGAGUUACACUCAAAAGAGACUUACUCCAAGUCGCCGGAGAAUCUCUCCGUUCACACAUAACAAUCCUCGGCUCAAAAAUCUUGCCACCUUCAGAAAAAAUCAAACACGGCAUCUCAGUGAUUCGAAAGAGAUUCAUUGACAAGUCAGGAGAAAUUUACGUGCCAAAUUUUAAAUCGGUGAUCGACCAUUUUUGCCUGCCGGCUUCAGGACGGCCGGUGAUCAGAGAGAUAGCUAAAGGGCUAAAGCUUGGCGAGAGAGAUACUGAAGCUGCUUUAAUGACACUGUACAGAUUUGGUAAUCAAUCUUCUUCUUCACUUUGGUAUGAGUUAGCUUACUUGGAAGCUAAAGAUAGAGUGAAGAAAGGUGACAAGAUUUGGCAGCUUGGGAUGGGUAGUGGGCCUAAGAGUAAUAGUGUUAUUUGGGAGUGUUUGAGGCCUGUAAUUAGGGAGUCCAGUAAUGGCCCAUGGGCUGAUUGUAUCCAUCAGUAUCCAAUUGUUAUAACCAGUGUUUAGAUUAUUAUUGUUAUUA